AUGCAGAUUGUGUCGCUGGGCUCAGAUAAGAGUCUGGCAUCACAGGAUAUGAUGCGAACAAUUGUGGCAGCGAUUCAACCUUCUGGCCACGAGUCAAAGAAGGAUCUUCAAAUCACCACCGUGCCCUUGGACUCGGGCGUGUUGAGCGAGAAGGAACGCAGCUUCAGGCAUGUAGUCACUGCUAAGCAAGCCGAGUUCAACCUCAACCUAACAGAGGAAGACUUCUUGACUACCCAGGAAGAAGCAGAGAAGUUGACACUUGACGAAGUGACACAGAUCUUGAAGCAUGGCUACAGCCUCCACGAGUUCGACCCAAACUUUCCCAUCAAGAUCUUGGCCGAGAUCGAAGCGUUUCUGGAAAACAACGAAGCCAUCCUCGUAGCACCGGAGAAGUAUGCAGAGCUUGUCCAGGAAAUGGAACUACAGGCCGCCGUGCUCACGACAAGUAGCCCGUACUCAGAAGUCCGGGCUGUUGUAGACAACAACGACGAUGUCAACACCCCUUGGUCAACUAUCCGAGCAUGGACCAUUGGCUUGUUCUUCGUCUGCGCAGUGGGUUUCAUGAACCAGCUCUUCAGCGUUCGACAGCCGUCCAUAACCGUAGGCUCCGACGUCGUCCAGCUCUUAUGCUAUCCAGUUGGCAAAGCUUUCGAGAAGUUCCUACCGGAUAUUGGCAUUACACUCUUUGGCGUCAGGCAUAGCUUGAAUACAGGACCAUUCAGCAAGAAGGAGCAUAUGCUCAUCACAAUCAUGGCAACAGUCGGAUCUACUUUGCCAUCGUCGAGAUAUAUCAUCUUCACACAGUUCUUGAAGAAGUACUUCAACCAGUCGUACUCCGGGUCCUUCGGAUACCAGGUUUUGAUGGCUUUGUCGACAGAUCUGAUGGGGCACGGUCUUGCUGGGCUGUGCAGGAAGAUACUGGUGUAUCCUGCUUACUAUGUCUACCCGAAGUCGCUGGUCACCAUCGCACUCAACAGCUCGCUCCACAAAGACAAGAACACACCAGUGACCGGUCCAGCGAAGAAGCUUUGGACCGUCUCCCGCUUCAAAUUCUUCACGUGGUCCUUCGUGUGUACGUUCGUGUAUUUCUGGUUCCCGAACUAUAUCUUCACCGCGCUGAGUGCCUUCAACUGGAUCACCUGGAUUGCGCCUGAGAAUGUCAACCUUUCGGCUGUGACUGGUUUCGCAAAGGGUGUUGGUCUGAAUCCGCUGCCGACCUUCGAUUGGAAUAUCCAACGGAUGACAGCAUACCCUGAAGUAUCUGAAUGGUGGUACCUUGGGCUCAAUGUUGUGGCUAUCGCCCUUGGCGUAGCUGUUGUGGCAGGCUGGCAGACCUACACCACAGUCGGCGUCAUCUUCUUCGGAAUCCUGCUGUCCCUGGUAUAUGCAAUCCCGGCUGGUGUCAUCGCUGCCACGACCGGAAUCGUUGUGGAGCUCAAUGUCAUUGCUGAGUUCCUUGGAGGCUCGAUCCAACCAGGUAACGCUCUAGCCAUGAACUUCUUCAAGUGCGACGGCUAUGUAACGACAGCCCACGCCCUGGAAUUCAUCAAGGACCUCAAGCUUGCACAUCAUGUCAAGAUCCCUCCGAGACACACAUUCUGGGCGCAAGUUGUGGCCACAGUCGUCUCUUGCUUUGUGUGCACCGGCAUCAUGAACUUCCAGCUCCGGAACAUCAAGGAUAUCUGCGAGAGCACACAGUCUGCUCGAUUCACCUGUCCAGGAGUCAAUGUGUACUUCAGUGCAGCCGUUCAAUUCGGCAGCAUGGGCGCUCGCAAGGUCUUCGGAACAGGCGGUCAGUACACCAUCCUGCUGAUAGCAGCUUUCCCGAUCGGCCUGGCUGUGGCGGACCACUGGGCGCGUGAGAUCCAUCCAGUGGCAUUUUUGAGCGGUGGUCUGGUCUCCACGCCGCCGUACAACUUGUCCUACAUGUGGCCUGCGAUGCCCUUUGCAUGGUACUCCAUGAUCCAUAUCCGAGGCAAGUACCUGGCUUUCUGGUCAAAGUACAACUACGUGCUUUCAGCAGCGUUGUCUAUUGCCAUCGCCAUUGCCGCGCUGGUCAUGUACUUUGCACGGGAGUAUUCCAGCAUCAGCUUGGAGUGGUGGGGCAAUAAUGCUGAUAGUGGAUGCGAAGCGACCGCUUGCACAAGAUUGAAGCUGCCGAAAGGGUCGUCAUUUGGUCCCAGUCCGGGCCACUGUGUGUAG